CCCCAUCUCAGUCGAUCUUUUUCCCGUCUCUUCCUUCUUCUUGUUUUCUCGCCGCAUCCCAGCGCUGAUCUUCCGUUAGCCAUGGCGAGAUCCACGGCGCUUUCGCUCCGUGCCGUCCUCGCGUUUGCCGCUGGCGUGUACUCGCAGAGCUGCAUCGGCAGCACCGGACCCAAGGUCUACGAGGCCGAGAAUGGAGUCCUUUCCGGAACGACGGUUGCCACGGCCCAGGCCGGCUUCACGGGCACUGGCUAUGUGACCGGCUUUGAGGACGCCACCGACAAGCUCACCAUCAACCUCGACUGCCAGGGUCAAGGCCAGAAGCUGUUCGACCUCAGCGUCCGAUAUGCCGCCAUCUACGGCGAGAAGCGUACCAACAUCAUCCUCAACGGCGGUGCUGCCAGCGAGGUGCUCCUGGCUGCCGGUGAUACCUGGGCCACCGCCAACGCUGGCCAGGUGCUGCUCAACGAGGGCAACAACACGAUCGAUAUCGUAACCCACUGGGGAUGGUACCUCAUCGACUCCAUCACCCUCACGCCUACCGUGCCCCGCGGGCCUCACAACAUCAACACGGCCCUCGUCAACGCCAACGCUAACGCCGACGCCAACGCCCUCUACGCCUACCUCCGCUCCAUCUACGGCAAGAAAAUCCUCUCGGGCCAGCAGGAGCUCUCCUACUCCAACUGGAUCGGCGAGCAGGUCGGCAAGCUGCCGGCCCUCGUCAGCGUCGACCUGAUGGACUACUCCCCGAGCCGCGUCGAGCGCGGCACCGUCGGCACCGCCGUCGAGGAGGCCAUCACCCACCACGCUCGCGGCGGCAUCGUCUCGGUCCUCUGGCACUGGAACGCGCCGACGGGCCUCUACGACACCGAGGAGAACAAGUGGUGGAGCGGCUUCUACACGCGCGCCACCGACUUCAACGUCGCCACCGCCCUCGCCGACACCACCAACGCCAACUACACCCUCAUCAUCCGCGACAUCGACGCCAUCGCCGUCCAGCUCAAGCGCCUGCAGGACGCCGGCGUUCCCGUCCUCUGGCGCCCGCUGCACGAGGCCGAGGGCAAGUGGUUCUGGUGGGGCGCGCAGUCGCCCGACGACUGCAAGAAGCUCUGGGCCCUGCUGUACGACCGCCUCACGAACCACCACCAGCUGAACAACCUCGUCUGGAUCUGGAACUCCAUCGCCGCGGACUGGUACCCCGGCGACGACACGGUGGACAUUCUCAGCGCCGACGUCUACGCCCAGGGCCACGGGCCUAUGACCACCCAGUACAACGACCUCAUCGCCCUCGGCCAGGACAAGAAGCUCAUCGCCGCGACCGAGGUCGGCAGCGCCCCCUUCCCCGACCUCCUCCAGGCGUACGAGGCCCACUGGCUGUACUUCUGCGUCUGGGGAGACACCUUCAUCAACAACGCCGAGUGGAACAGCGUCGCGGACCUGCUGGUUCCUUACUAAUUGAAGUGUCUUGGUUCACUUGUCUUUGAAGUACCAGCUUAGGAGACUCGAAAGAUUCAACACAGUGGCCCCUUAUAGCUGCAUCUAGUGAUUUUGGGUUCGGUGUAAUGUAUAGGCAAUGACUGUUGCUAACAGAAAUGUUGGGAUACCUGCUACCCAGACCCCAUGGCCAUUUUCUAGAGGCCAUGCCGCCCAUUCUCUCGACACCAUUAGCGUCACGUAAGUAUGCAACGUCGCCCCGAAGAUAAGAGCGAGUUAAGUAGCCGUAUUUCUAGCCAGUCAAGUUGUAAGGAUUACCGUGUAGUUCACAAGAGUCUCGUUUCACCAGACAGAUCCAGCCUGACGGAUAUAUGCGUUGCCCUCACUUCAACCUCCAUUGGAUAACCGAGAUUAUUGGCAGUCACGCAUACUAGAUACUAGCAAACACAGAUCGAAAGCUAUUUCCAAGAACUAUCCUACACUCAAACAUGUUACCAUGGCGCUCAACUGGGGCUGCCAAGUAAUUCUAACAGAUAAACAGUGUGUGC